AAGCUCCGAAAAGCAUGGAUUUUAAAGCCAAAAUAGGUUCCCAUUCCAGCCCCACCAUUUGCAGUUCAGUGACUUGAAGCACAUUACUUAGCCUCCCCAAAACCUCGGUUGUCUCUUUCAUCUAAUGGAAGUGGCAGUACCUAGCCCAAUAGUGUGGGCUUGAGGAUUCAGCAAGAUGAGAAGCGUUAAGGGGGUUAGCACGGAAAUGCACAACAAAGUGAGGACACAAGCGCAUUGCCUUGUCUCUCUGUUGUAGCCCAAAGCUGAAUAGGGGGAACCCCAGCUCUGCUUCCCGAUCUUCGUCACUGAACCCUAUAAAUAACUUAGCUAAGUCACUGCCUCCCUUGGAGCCGCUGUUGCUUAGGGUGAGGCAGGGGGGAGUUGUUGCAGGUGGUCCCCUCCGGGCUGAAUCAUGCACGGGUUUUCUGUUCACUUGGGGCUUGGUCUGAAUUUUCACUACUCCUUCUACAGAUUCACCCCGACCUGGCGCGGUGCAGUGUGAGCCCAGCCCCCAGCACUGGCUCUCUCCGGCGCGGCCUCUGCCUGCCCUCUCCACCCUGGCACUGGCCGCGCAGCCCCGCCCGGAGCCGCCUCCCCGCCUCCGGCUUCUCCAGGGCAAGCGAGCCGGAGCCCGAGCCCGCUCACCCGCUGCCGGGUGGCAGUCACGACUGUUCGAUUGCCAGCGAGGUGGCGGCGCGCGCGGCGGGGCGGGGCGCGCUCUCCCUUACCCGCCGGAGUUCGGGCGGUGGGCAGGGCCCGGGCGGGGGUGAAGGCGGAGGAGGGCUGUGGGUUCCUCGGAGAGGAUGGGAGUCCCCGGAACCCGCAGCUGAGCGACCCAGCGCACGGCGGAGAGGACGCACCGGAGGAAGGAGAGCCUGGCUGUUCCCCGGAGAGCCCAACACCGUUCCCGCGCCGCCACGAUGAUCCCUCCAAGCGGCGCCCGCGAGGACGGCGUGGACGGGCUGCCCAAGGAGGCAGCGAGCGCCGAGCAGCCACCCUCUCCUGCAUCCACCAGCAGCCAGGAAUCCAAGCUCCAGAAACUAAAACGAUCACUUUCUUUCAAGACCAAGAGUCUACGGAGCAAAAGUGCUGACAACUUCUUCCAGCAAACCAACAGCGACGGGAAGCUGCAAGGGGACCUGCCGGCUGAGGUCAGCCCCAGCUCCAGCCCGCUCCCCGCCCCAGCCAGCCUGACGUCCACACCCACCAGGGCUGGCCUGCACCCAGGCAGCGGCAAGGCCCACGCCUUUCAGGAACACAUCUUCAAGAAGCCCACUUUCUGUGACGUCUGCAACCACAUGAUCGUGGGGACAAAUGCGAAGCACGGACUACGCUGCAAAGCCUGCAAGAUGAGCGUCCACCACAAGUGCUUGGAUGGCCUGGCACCCCAGCGGUGCAUGGGCAAGCUGCCCAAGGGGUUUCGGCGUUACUACAGCUCCCCCUUGCUCAUUCACGAGCAGUUUGGAUGCAUUAAAGAAGUUAUGCCCAUUGCCUGUGGCAAUAAGGUGGACCCCGUCUACGAGACCCUCCGCUUCGGCACCUCGCUGGCUCAGAGGACAAAGAAGAGCAGCUCUGGCAGUGGCUCUGAUUCACCUCCCAGAACCUCUACGUCAGAUCUCGUGGAGGUUCCUGAAGAAGCUGACGGGCCGGGAGACGGGUACGACCUCCGGAAACGCAGCAACAGUGUGUUUACGUAUCCAGAAAACGGCACUGACGAUGUCCAAGACCAAGCAAAGGACAUAAACCACCAGGGACCCCUUUCCAAAGACCCAUUACAGAUGAACACCUAUGUUGCCUUGUACAAAUUUGUACCACAGGAGAAUGAAGAUUUGGAAAUGAGACCAGGAGACAUGAUUACUCUUCUAGAAGACUCCAACGAAGACUGGUGGAAAGGGAAAAUUCAAGACAGGAUUGGCUUCUUUCCAGCCAACUUUGUUCAGAGAGUACAACAAAAUGAGAAGAUUUUUCGGUGUGUUAGAACCUUCAUCGGGUGUAAGGAGCAGGGGCAGAUAACACUGAAAGAGAAUCAAAUCUGCCUGACUUCCGAAGAAGAGCAAGAUGGCUUUAUCAGAGUCCUCAGUGGAAAGAAGAGAGGCCUAGUCCCCCUGGAUGUCCUAGAAAACGUCUGAGUGCCAGCCCCUCCUCCUUUCGCAGUAGGCAAGUCCUGCUGUGAUGCCUCAUCUCACACUGUGUCAACCCCGGGGAGCUGUCCCACUGACCCGGCCACCCAGGAAACAGUGAGACAAGACUCAAGGAUCUGAGACUGUGGAGUGACAGCCCCAAGACAGGGGGUCCACCGCCCAGCAAAUCCAAGCUGCCCGAGGUGGGGAUGAGGCUGAGAGCGUCACUGGCAGAGCUGAGGACCCUACCUGGUGACAGUAGCAGGGCAGCAACCACAGCUGUUCCUCAGGACUCAACUCCCUGCCUGUCCCUGUGGUCUGAGUUAACCCACCGGAAUGUACUCCAGUCUGCGGUGUGGCCCCAGUGCGGGGUUCAGAUCCAUGUAGCCAAGUGUGAUUCUGGUUCCAGACCUUUGUCCUCAGUACCAACCAAUGAGCAUCAUCACAUCUGAGACCCCAGGCAGUCCCUCUGCAGAGCAUCAGGAAGUCCUACUUCCCAGCCCCAGUAUUCCGGGGCUCCCCGGGCUGCCCCCUCACUCUGCCACACUUUGUGAUUGCGCUGUGUCUUCUGUCCUCUGAGUAAGCCCUAGGGGUGUGCAUCACAUGCGAGAGCUCAGCUGAUGUGGCACCAACUUCAAAGACUGAUCUGCCCAAAGAUAGCUGACAUGCAGUCCCCUUAGCUGCUUUAGUGACUGACAGGUGUCAGAGCUGGACAGGAGGCAUAGAUACAAAGGGCAAAGUGGGGACAAGGUAGGGCAAAGUGGACAACAAGGUAGGGCAAAGGGCCCUUAUUUAUUGAAGAUUAUACAGCCCUUUCAGAAAUGAAGUCCUUUCCCCAAGGAGAUGGAGCUGGGGGAAGAGAAUGUGGCAAAAAGCCUCCAAGAGGAGCUUCACUUUCAUCUUAUGGCUUCUGUGUGAGGGGAACAUUUUCCCAUCAUGCCAUUUGGUAAGGCUCCCUCUUGGAGGCUGAGUCCACCUUACAAAGGGCCAGAGACAUGGAGAAGAUCCGACAGCAUCUUAGGAGGAAAGUAGCCAAAUUGGAACCCGUUGUUCUUUAGGGCAGUAUGGUAUAACCUAGCCGAUGUAAAAUGGAAAAGAAUCCUUAACGAUUCAGCCCCAGAGAGCAGAGAAAUGUGGGGCCUAUUUAGCAGCAACUAGAGGAGUCCUGUUACUCUGUACUUGUACUAAUGUUUACAAGAAUGCAAUAUACUGUGAUGCCUUUCUCCUCCUGCAAACUUGCAUCCUGUUCCUCUUUAAUAUGGUUAAACUUCAAUUCACAGUGACCUUGGAAUCAAUGUCAGUUUGAUUUAUCUUGUUGCAGAGCAAUAAAGCCAUUAGAACAAUUGGUUUUAAGAGACUUAAAUGGAUGCAUCCUGUGCAUGUAAGCAUCAUUGGGAAACCAAAGCAUCAUUCGUCUCCAUUUAUCUCUUUGGUUACUGCUCAGCGUGAAGAUGGGAGCUGAAAUCAGAAGGCUGAUGGUUUCACAAUCGUUUGGAUGCCUUAUUCUCAUGUUAAAGCCAGCCUCCAGAAUGUCCUCCCUCUCUGACACAACAUGCAACACUGAGUGUACAGAGACAGAUGGAUUCUUUGAGAGCCAGGUUGGCUAAUAUGGCUGCCGUUCUGUAAGAUGGGAUGCUGGAGUAGCAAUGCUCUUUGCCUCAAAUUCAAUAGUCUAUUUAAUAAAACUAACACAGUGGCUGGAAGGAGCAUA